CAUAUAUUUUAUAUUUUAAUAAAAGUUUUUAUAAUGUUGCAUAACAGGUUUAUUAUUACUAUUAUUACAAUAUGACCGAUUCUAUUGUGCAAUAUUAUUUAAUUAUUAGUGCAACUCGGUAGGUCUCAUAUCUUAUUUAGAUAAAAUUCCCUCAUAUUUAUAAACGUCGUUAACAACACACCUCAGUAUUGUUCGGACCUUAACGGGAAUCAGAAAAUAUGUCGAGCCCUAAAAACGAGUGUGAACUCAAGGGAGGUCAUCCACCAGCGGUUAAAGCUGGUGGCAUGAGAAUAACUCAACACAAAACCAAAAAAGAUUCGAGGGGGAGUGGUUUGACCGAAGACACGACGGGUAUUACAAUGUCAAGCAGUCCUCCAAAGACGAUCACUGUGGCUGGGGCCGUCGUCAAAGGUCACUCCGAUUUUCCACCGGAAGCUGUUCGGGGUUUUCAUAAAGAGAAACCACCGAUGCCUCAGUCCAACGUAAAACCAAUUAUGCACAUUCAACAGCCAAGAAAAUAGAUCAUUCCAUCUAAGUAAUAUUAAUUAUCUGAAAAACGUUAUUUGUGAAAUGUGCUUUGUUACAGAGCUCAAUAUCCGUCUUAUAUUGGGCGGCUUACUGCACAGUGAUGUGAAUUUUGAUUAUGUUCGAGAAUAUAUUAUUGUAUAUUAAUAUUUUAUAUAUACAUGCAAUAAAAUUUUGUAUAACUAAUGCUGA